AUGCAGUACAAAGUCCUCAUCGCUGCCUCCCUCGCCCUUGGCGUCUCCGCUGCCCCGAGCCCGCAGAUCACCGCGGCUCCCAAGAAGCUCGCAGCUCGCGCCAGCCUUCCGGCCUCGUCAGGUACCUCCAAGCUGUCCGCCGUCCAGACCAUCGCAGCAGGCGAGUCUUACGAUGGCGGCAUGUAUAUGAUCGACCGUGGUGUAUCCUGCACCUCCGGCGAGGGUGGCGGUAGCGAUGCUGUCUUCCUUCUUGAGGAGGGUGCUUCUCUUUCCAAUGUCAUCAUCGGACCUAACCAGAUUGAGGGUGUUCACUGCAACGGCGCUUGCACGCUCACCAACGUCUGGUGGUCGGCAGUCUGCGAGGAUGCCUUCAGCAUCAAAGAGCAGAGUAGCGGUGCCACAACUUACGUCAAGGGCGGUGGUGCCUUUGGCGCCUCGGACAAGGUGGUGCAGCACAACGGCGCCGGCACCGUGUCCAUCAGCGACUUCACCGUCGACGAUUUUGGCAAGCUGUACCGCAGCUGUGGAAACUGCGAUACCAUGCACGAGCGCCAUGUCAUCAUGAGCGGCAUCACUGCCUCGUCCGGCUCGCAGCUUGCCGGCAUCAACUCCAACUACGGCGACUCCGCAACCCUCAGCGACAUCACCGCCAGCAACGUCGACGACAUCUGUGUCACGUACACCGGCACCGACAACAAUGACGAGGAGCCUGUGAAGAACGGCUCCGGCCCCGACGGCACCUACUGCAUCUACGACGAGAGCGACGUCACUCAGUCCUAG